UGAUCAUCAGGAAUGCAGAAUAUGGGUCAAAGAAGGAGAGGUAAAGUACAUGCUCAAACUUGUCUUAUAUUCUACCCUCAACAGGAGUAAAUUAAGAUUUGCUGGAAUUGGUUUUGCUGAUUUGAGUUUUGUCGAAACUACGGUGGCUAAAGACUACACUUUUGUGGUCCCGAUUUUCCAGACUGACGAAAAACUUACGGACUCCAUGCACUGUGAACUAUUAUCUACUCGAUCCUUCACACAAUCCCAGAGUAUGGAAGAUUUACGAAAUGCUGAGGUGAGUCUUAUGGAAAAAAAGGGAGUGCCUGAAGAAAUUUCGGAUAUUAACGCACAGAGCGAGUCUGAAUUAGAACGAGAUUUGCCAGAAAUUGUUAAGGCGAAAAGAACGGGAGGAAGAAAGCUAUGGUGGACACGUUUCAAACAGGCACGAGCCACACCACCGUCUUCGCCACUCUUAUCGAGAGCGCUUUCCAUUGGUCGUAACCCACUUAGCUUUACUGGAGCUUCCGAAGGCGUAACGCCGGAAUUGACACGCUGCUUGGAGGAGGAAAUUGACCAGAACAUGCUCGGCAAAGUUUUACUUAGAGUUAAAUUCUCUCCAAAGCAAGAUGUGGAGCGCUGGUUUUACAAACGACUCCUUGAAGAGUUUGACACGAACGAGGAUGGUCUUUUGGACUGGUUCGAAGUUUACGCCAUGCUUUCCUCGGUAAACUUCAAAGGCAAGGAAAAUGUCGACGAACUAAUGGAUAAACUCAAGCACCAAGAAGAAAUCAAGGAGGAAGAUCUGUUGGAUUUUCUACAGUCUGCCGAGUUUCAGUCGCACCCUUUAGCCUAUAACUUGCUCUCCUUUUUGGCGGACGGAAAGGAGGGGCUGGCCAAUAUGAUUGACGACAGAUACUCGCUGGCCGACACUCUUUCCGAAAGAACACGAACUGGAGUUGGCGUGUUCUGUACUAACGAAGAAUACAAAAGCCGGAAAGAUAUGCUCAUGUUAAAUGUCAUGGACCGCACGACCGGCUUGAUUGUUAGCGAAAACAUUCCGCGUUACGUGAAAGUCGCAUUGAACUUGUUGUAUAGUAAACGGUCGAGGGUGUUUACAGUGAGGACUAAGUCUAUCCACAGGAUUCUCAAGUUUAUGUCCCGCCGGGAGGGCCAACGCAUGGACGACCCCGCAUCAGUAGCCCAUAUAAGGCCCUUCAUCAGUUUUCAUAAGUUAAACUCAGCCGAGUGGCUACUACCCGUCGAUGAUGAAAACAGAAACUAUAAAUGCUUUAACCACUUUUUCUAUAGAAAACUCAAACCCACUGCUAGAACAAUCGGCUCUCCGAAUGACAAUCGAAUAGUCGUGAGUUGUGCUGAUUGCAGAAUGACAGUUUUUGAGACCGUGAAGGAAGCCACAGCUAUAUGGGUCAAGGGCGCAGGAUUUACUAUUACUCAACUCCUCGGACCGCAUUUGAGCGACGUGGCACCGCUGUUCCACGAAGGAUCGCUGGUAAUAGCGCGUUUGGCUCCACAAGACUAUCAUCGCUGGCACAUGCCUGUGUCAGGGAAACUCGGACGCCGCGUAGAAGUUGACGGCACUUUACUUACUGUCAACCCCAUCGCCGUGUGCCAGUGUAUCGACGUUUUUACCGAGAACAAAAGGAUUGUAGAGGAAGUACACACAAAAGAAUUUGGGCUCUUGCUAAUGGUAUGCAUAGGCGCUACCAUGGUCGGAUCCGUAAACAUCACUGCGCCACUGCAGGGAGAGAUGCGGAAGGGCGAAGAACACGGUUACUUUGCCUUUGGAGGAUCAACCGUAUUGUUGCUCUUUCAACCAGGAUGCAUCCUCUUUGAUAGAGAUCUUAUAGAAAACUCGCUAAGGCCGCUUGAAACGCUGGUGAGAGUGGGAAUGCCCAUUGGAAGGGCCCUCUCAUUCCGCAACUCCGGCGCCUGCUGUCCAUGGCGAGCAGUACAGCAGCCUGGGCAGUGGCAACUAUUUAGAAUGAAGUAA